GGUCUAAAAAUCAGUCAGACCGCACUUCUUAAUGAGCUGCGUAUUCCCCACACUUGGAAAAAUACCACUUACAUGUCUUGGAAAUUAGCUCAGUGAUAGAAAAGUCACCCGUUUAAUAAUUACAUUUUCAUGAUGGCAACAAAAGUCACGUUUACAUUAUAGACAAAACCACAACAAGUCACCAAGAAUCAAGGCUAGGAAAUGUCUGCAAAGCUGAAAAUGGCGCAGACCCCCCCAUUCAAAGAGGACCAACUGGCCAGUCCCGAAGACGCGGUGCCCACGGGACUGGCACAGCGCCCACUAGCGGCUGUGUUCCUGCAACAGCAAGAGCUACGACCGCCCGCGCCUCCGGGGACCUGCCGGCCUGAAAGAGCCUGUGUUGAAGCGAUGACAACAAAGCUCAACCGCUGGUGACCCGGGUCCCCACGGCCGCUGCCAUUCGAGGGCACACCUACUUCUCCAUCACAGAGGGAACCCGAGCUGGAAGGAAGGUGAACCGGGAAGCUGUGAGCGCUGCGCGGCCAGAAAUGGAGGCAGAAAGGCGGCCGAUGAAGACAGCCCAGCUCACACGCCUGUCUCUACAGAAGGGAGGGAAAACACUUAGCCCAGGAAGCUUCAAGGAAAACAUUUCAAAUCAUGGUGAUGAGAAGGCCCUUGGAGCCUGAAACAUGAGCCAGCUGCGAGCCACGAAGCCCGGGCUCCUCCUGUGUGCAGGCAUAUGCAUCUUUGUUUUUCUGUAUUUACGGAAUCCAACCCCUGAGGAAGCAGAGGAGGAACCCACCUACCCAGCAGUAGUGGAAUGUGGCUUUUAUCCGGAUGAACUGUGUUCAGCUUUAUUUGAAGGGAAAGGGGCCGCCCUCCAAAUUGCAAGAUUUUGCAAAAACCCUCGUGGUUCUCAAAUUCUUGCUCAUUUACGCACACCAGGAAAUUGCUCUAGGAUUUCCCAGGAGUUGCAUUUCAUAACCAGACCCUUGUCUGCAGAAGAGAGCAAUUUCUCUUUGGCAUAUAUUAUAACAAUUCAUAAGGAACUGGCAAGGUUUGUGCAGCUUCUCAGAGCUACUUAUGUGCCUCAAAACGUUUACUGUAUUCAUGUUGAUGAAAAGGCCCCGAAGAAGUACAAGACUGCUAUGCAAACCCUGGUUAACUGUUUUGAAAAUAUUUUUAUUUCAUCAAAGAGAGCAACAGUGGCUUACACUGGCUUUACAAGACUCCAGGCAGAUAUUAACUGUAUGAAAGACCUGGUCCAUUCCAAAUUUCAAUGGAACUACGUCAUUAACCUUUGCGGACAGGAUUUUCCAAUCAAAACAAACAAAGAAAUCAUACACUACAUCAGAACCAAAUGGAAUGACAAAAACAUCACUCCUGGAGUAGUUCAACCACCAAACAUGAACUCCAAGACAAGUGAAAGUCAGCCUGAAUCCACCCCUGAAGGAAAUAUCUACAUAUCUCCAAACAAAAGAUUCAAGGACGAACCGCCCCAUAACUUAACAAUUUAUUUUGGAAGCGCUUACUAUGUCCUAACGAGGAAGUUUGUAGAGUUUGUACUGACUGACACCCGCGCAAAAGACAUGCUUCAGUGGUCCAAAGACAUCCAGAGCCCGGAACGACAUUACUGGGUGACUCUGAACCGACUGAGAGAUGCCCCGGGAGCCACGCCGGAGGCCGGCUGGGAGGGAAAUGUUCAUGCUGUGAAGUGGAGACACGAGGAGGGAAGUGUUCACGAUGGAUGUAAAGGCCGCUACGUCCACGAGAGCUGCGUGUAUGGACCAGGAGACCUGCCGUGGAUCAUUCGGUCACCUUCUUUGUUUGCCAACACGUUCGACUCGACAGACUCUCUGGUGGUGACCUGCCUGGAGCGGUGGCACCGGCUGCGGGUGCUGCGACAGGCAGAGGCUCCUGUGGAGCCACACUGGCGUUUCCCACAGGACGGUCACUUCAACAGGAGACUGAGCCACUGAGUGGGAAGCUGCAGAGUGU